AUGUUGAGGCUGACUGGAAGCAUCAGCUUCAUUUGGCUACUAAUUGCCAUAUCCACUGGGGCUCAACCCUUGUCUCAUGUUGAUGUUGAAGGAAAACAUCUUAGAAGUGGUGUGGAAUACUAUAUACUUCCAGCUGCAGCUGAUAUUGCUGGUGGUCUGACCAAUAUUUGCAAUGGUUCAUUUCCAUUUUAUGUUGGCCAAGAACCUCUUGCACCAAAUGUGUCCGAAGGCCGUCCAGUUAUUUUCAGGCUCCGUUUAGCAGAUACUAUUAUAUGGGAGUCUAGGGACUUUGCUGUUGCAUUUUCAGGAGCCACAACGUGCGCAGAUUCUUCUGCAUGGGAGAUAGUGGAGAAUCUAGAGACAUGA